UCGGCGAAGAGAGGGCAAGAGGCAAAGCAUAGCAAGGAAGAGCUGGCAAGCGAGGAAACGAGAACGAGUGGUGGAGACGAGAGGGAAAGAGGACUACUACUCCUGGGGCCCCCCACCACGCGGGCUGCCGCCGCGACGCCAGUCCGUAGUCAGUCAGCGCUGGACCGCCGCCCGCUCGAUUUCGCGAUCCACGAACGACGGUAGCCACCACUUCCACCUCCACCUCCUCCUCCACCUCCGCUUCUUUUCUCUUUACCUUGCUCACGUUCUUGCCCUCUACCCCUGCAUUCUUUCUCGCUCUGUCCCACGCUCCUCCUUUUUUUUUAUUUUACCUUCUUCGUUUCUCUCUUCAUCGAUAUCCAUCCGCGUUUCUUCUUCGUCUCUCUCUCUCUCUCUCUCGUUCUUUCGCUCUUUCUCUAACUAUCUUUAUCCUUCUCAGCACUUUUCGCGAUCCUCUUCUCUUUCUGUUCUCCUCUUUUCCACCCUUGCGCUUUCAAUUGGUCUCCGAGGUAUACACACUGAGAAACGAGCACGCACACAGAUGCGAUCGCGUAUCGGUUUCUCCCCUUGUUUCUCUUGCUCUUUUCCAUUUUCCUCUGUCGAGCGAGCUUUCGCUAGCUCCGUACGUACGAACGUAAGUACGUACGGCGGAGUGUCGUGCGCGCGUCCCGAGUGGAUGCAAGGCGUCGUCGCGAGGCACACGUCCCGAUAGAUAAGUUAUCGCGCGAUCGUCGAAAUUCUAGAUCCUCCAACGGAGGAUCGGAUUUCGCGCAGCAACGGUUCCGUUCCUCCGUCUUCGAGAGCCGCGCGUCCCCAUCUUCUUCUUUCGUCGUCGUCGUUUGCAACUUUUCGAAAGACGCGGAAAGUGAAGCCGCGAGUAUCAUCUGCCAGUGACACGGAGUCGGUCGACGAUAACGCGUCAACACGUUCAAAGUGCGCGGCCGACGUUCGUUUCGUGCCGUUUCUUCCUCCAUGAUAUACACGCGGAGGAUCGUUUUGGUGUCUCCCUCGCGACGCGCAACUUCCACAAGACGCCACGUUUCUCACGUUUGUCUUGGAUGUUCCGUAGGUGCGGCAUACCCGACGUUCUUGUAACCUUCGUUCGAGCAAGCGUUUCUCCGUUUUCAAAGAGUGAAGUAUACCGCAAGUUGGAAAAAAUCGUGCCACGUCGAUUUUCCUCGAUUCCGAUACCACAGUGAUGUACACACGAUAAUUAAUCACGCUUGGUGAUCGCAAGAUUCAGAUUGAGAGUGAGCCGAUAGCGUAUGGAUCACGAAACUUGCCGACUUUCCGGGCUGUUCAAGUGUAAACAGUGCGCGACAUUCCGUGAAUCUAACUUCAAUACCGAAACUAGAAAAUAUUCUCCUCGUAUACGAUCUAGCCGAUAAUAGUCGCGUUCUUCGUGGUUACGUAGUAGUGUAUACGGGCACCGAUAUAGGUGCGCUUUCCUCGUAAGAGAAAGAAAGAAAUCGCAGGACGAGAAUGACACCGAUCGUCGAUGCAUCGAUCGCAACAACGAAACGAUCUAUGGAAAUCGCGAUGAGGUAGUGCUCGUUGCGUAGGCGCGUGUGGGUGACUGUAGUGCAUUGAAAAAAGGGAAACUUGGAACAGUUUCCCGCGGAAGAUCUACGCCGGAUCUUCGAGUGAGAUCGCGACACACGACCGUCACAUGUUUGGGUUCCGAUCGACUGCGUUUAACGAGCGAAGACCUGGAGGCCACAGAGAGAAUCCAGCAUCCCCGAAGGACGCAGAUGCCCCGAAGGAAACAGCACGCUCCACAACGUAUGAAAUGGGAGGACGGAGUCGAAGGCUCAGGGCCUGGCGCGGACCUCCAGGGCGAGGAAGGCGACUGCGUGGAGGAUGACGGCCCAAUUAGUCCUAGCGAGAGAGGUUGCACGACGGCAGCCAAAGAGGAAGAGGAUGGGGACGCGACCGACGAGGAAGACGACGAGGACGCAUCGCCGCCCACUCCACCGCCUUCCGCAACCGCGAGACUGAAUCCUACUAUUUUAAGGGACACUGGACCACCGGACAGAGAGCCAAUGAGUCCACGCUGUCCCUCGAGAGAUUCUCGGGAAUCGUCCGGCCCGGCGACCGGAAGUCCUCCACCGCCAGCGACGAGAAGCACCGCGAGCCCGGUGAGUCCGAGCGGGAUCGUGCCACUGCCGCUCGGAAGCCAUCCACUGCUACCCCCUCAUUCGGCGGCGAUGAUGGCGGCGUACCUGCAACAGACCCAUCAGAGACUGCUACUCGGCCACUCGCCGUUAUCCCGUGGUUCCGUGUCACCGUUGGUAUCCUCGUCGUGUUCCCCACCGGCAGCUACUCCCGGCCUUCUGGUCUCGCCCAGCAGCGUCGGCGAGGUAUCGCCGUCGGCUACCCCGUUGCCCGCGGUGCUCGACUUUAGCACGAGGAAAGCAUCGUCGACGGAGGACGACGAAGAGGAGCAGAUACUGAACCUCAGCAAGCCGCCAACACCGUCCUCCUCCACGGAGGCGAACAACGGACCUUUGGAUUUGUCGGUGCCCAGCAGAAAACGACCCGGACCGGAAGAUUCCCCGCCGUUGCCCGUUCGCAAGUCCUCCAGGUUGUCGGCCGGCACGGCGGCGGCAGCGGCAGCGGCGGCAGCUGCGGCGGCCGCAGCGGCUCACCAGGAGGCCGCUCAAGCCGUCACGGCUGCAGGUUUCGGCAGACCACCCGUCGUUUCGCCGUGGACGUCGCCCGUGGUCGCCUCUCACUUUCCCUACUUUGCGGCCGCGGUCGCGGCAGCGGCUACUAGUCAACAGCAACUCUCGCCGAAGAGCACCGCCGGCGUGGUCGAACAUCAUCAGCAACUUUGGAACGGCAAGAUGAAACCACCGUCCGCCCUCGACAAGUCGUAUCAGCCGAGCGAAGCGACCAAAGCUCUGGAGAAGAUGAGCGAACUGAGCAAACUGGGCGGCGAGGAUCUGUUCAGAUCGAGCACGAGCGCCGGCAGUGGCGGAGCGAGCGGAGCCGCGGCAGCAGCAGCCGCAGCCGCCGCGGCAGCGGUCGCAGGCAACGCGACCGCCGGUUCCACGUCCGGCAGUCGACACAGUGCCUGGCAGUCCCACUGGUUGAACAAGGGGGCCGAUCAAGCCAAGGACGUGCUCAAGUGCGUAUGGUGCAAGCAGAGUUUCCCCACGUUGGCCGCGAUGACGACUCACAUGAAGGAGGCGAAACACUGCGGCGUAAACAUGCCCGUGCCAGCGGCUGCGUCCGCGCUCCACCCUCAGCCACCGAGCGUGGCCAGUAUCGUGACGCCGCAGCAGCCGCAUCAGCCGCACCAGCCGCAAACCACCGCGUCCAGCAACAACGCUGGCUCCGGCGCCGGUGGUGGUGGUUCCGCGACUCCCAGCAGCAAACAGAGUCCAUCCGAGUUGAAUCUGCUGAUCAAGGAGACGAUGCCUCUGCCGAGGAAGCUGGUCAGGGGUCAAGACGUUUGGCUGGGAAAGGGAGCCGAGCAGACCAGGCAGAUUCUGAAGUGUAUGUGGUGCGGUCAGAGUUUCCGCUCACUCGCCGAGAUGACGUCGCACAUGCAACAGACGCAACAUUACACCAACAUCAUCUCCCAGGAGCAGAUUAUCUCGUGGAAGUCGUCGGACGAGAACAAGAGCGGCAGCGCUGGAAGCGGAGGAAGCGGAGGUGGCGGUGCAGGCAGUGGAUCCGUAACCGGCGCCGCUGGUGGCGGGGGUGGCGCGGUUACCGCCGGUGGCGCGUCCGGACCGCACGCCGGAAACGCUACCGGUCCAGGCUCCGGCGCUACCAGCAGCCACGUGAGCGCCGUGCUCACGUGCAAGGUUUGCGAUCAAGCGUUCAGCUCCCUGAAAGAACUGAGCAACCACAUGGUGAAGAAUUCCCACUACAAGGAGCACAUAAUGCGAUCGAUCACCGAGAGCGGCGGUCGGAGGCGGCAGACGCGGGAGAAACGCAAGAAGUCGCUGCCGGUGAGAAAAUUGUUGGAACUGGAACGAGCGCAGAACGAGUUCAAGAACGGCGACGCGGCUACCGGACUGAGCCACAGCCUAGGCAAGCACGCCGGUCGUAUAACGUGCGAGAAGUGCGGCGAGAAGAUCGAGACCACCAUCUUCGUCGAUCAUAUACGCCAGUGUAUCGGAGCGGGCACCGUGGGCGCGAAUCAGCGAAACUUCCUGAAGAACGCGUUGAUGUCGAAUCACCUACCGGCCACGUUACCGCCGACCGAGACCGGCCGUAAGAGCGUCACCGAGGACGGUUCGUCGGUGUCCUCGAGACACCAUCGGUCGCCAUCGUCGGCCAGCGACGCCACCACACCAGGAAAGGACACGCCGACACCGACCGCCGGCGAGACCACCGGUAGCUCCUCGCCAUCCGUGUUGAACGCCAUCGAGAAACUGAUCGAGAAGAGCUUCGAUUCUCGCGUGAGGCACGGUACACCGGGUCUGCAUCACGCUCAACCCGGAGCCCCGAUGGGUACAAGCAUCUUGAAGCGGCUGGGCAUCGACGAGAGCGUCGACUACACGAAACCGUUGGUCGAUCCACAGACGAUGAACCUUCUCCGGUCGUAUCAGCAGCAACAUCAGCAUCAGCAACAGCAGCAACAUUACGCGACAAGUACGGCCGCGCGGCGGGAACGCAGCGGAAGCGAGUCGAGCUCCGUGUCGGAACGAGGAAGCGGCGGUAGAACCGACGCGAUGACGCCGGAGAGACGCGUGGACCUUUCGUCGGUCGGCCACUCGGACACCAGGCAUUCCCACCAUCAUCGGGUCACGCCGGACAAGCAAUUGGGUGCGCAAACCUUGCCCUCGAGUCGUCACCAUCCAACCACCGAGGAGUCCGGCGACGAGGAGUCGUCGACGACCGCAUCCGUUUCCGUUGCCGCGGCCAGUACGGCCGCGACAUCAGCGGCGAGCGUGGUCGUCAAGAAGGAACCCCGAGACGACGAGUCGGAGGAUCGCGUGGCGAACGAGGAGGAACAGUCGCAGGCUCAGUCGCAGUCGAACCGCGAGGUGUUCGUGAAGAAGGAGAUCAUGGAGGAUUGCAGAGACGAGGAGGAGCAAGGUUCGUUCAAUCAUCGACGAAGCAGUUUGCACGAAGGAUCGGAGGAGGGUCGGGAGGUGUUGUCGCCUCGCAUGAAUCCACCGACUCCUAGAUCGAGUGGUCAGCCGGAACAGAUCGCGCGCAGCCCCUGCAGGAACAGCACCAGCAGUCCGACGAGCAGCGACCGGUCGGUAACGCCGCGUGGAACGCCCGACACGAAGGGGUCGAGCAGUCUCGGGGCGCUUUCCUCCAUGUUCGACAGCCUGUCCGGUGGCGGAGGAGGCGGAGGCGGCGGUAGCGGUGGCGGCGGUGGUGGCGGUAGCGGCGGAGGCUCGAACAACGCGGUCGACUCUCAGGGACGCAAAACCAGCAGCCAUCCUUUGGCCGCGCUGCAGAAACUUUGCGACAAGACGGAGACGCGUGGACCCAGUGGCAGCGCGGCCCGAUCCGGUGGCGGUCCUGGAGCCGCGUCCGGUCUCGGAGCAGCGGCUGGAAGUGGCGUGGGCGCGACCGGACCCGGUUCCGGGACGACUCCGGGAGCGAUCUUGGCGUUCAGCUGGGCCUGCAACGACGCCGUCGUCACCGCCGACUCGAUCAUGAAGUGCGCCUUCUGCGACACGCCUUUCAUCUCCAAGGGCGCGUACAGGCAUCAUCUGUCCAAGAUGCACUUCGUCAAGGAUGGCGUGAUUCCCGAUCCACUGACGAUCGGCCGAUCAGCGGCGGCCGCGGCGGCGGCGGCUGCUGCUGCUGCGGCCGCGGCAGCAGCGGUCUCGCAAACCUCCGCCACCGGACCGCCGCCGGCCGGUCACAGUUCUUCCUCGCCCCCGACUUCCCAGCGCAACAAGUCGCCGCCGCUUGCACAGGCGAACGGUAGCCCGUCUCAGUCAGCGGCCUCUCCCCUCGAAGAGAGUCCGCACUCCAAAUUUCUCAAGUAUACGGAGCUGGCCAAGCAGUUGUCCAGCAAGUACGUAUAGUCCGAGCCCCGUAAGUAGCGGUGCCACUUGUACAUAAGUGUAUCUAUACUGUAACGACUGUAACUAGCGACGCGAUUGCAACACCAUUUCACCUCCUUCGAAACCUCCGGCCUCGGGACAUCCAUCCUUUUUCGCUCGCGAUUCCAUUAUCCGGUCUCCGCUGUUUCCUACCGCCUCGUCUCUCGUCUUUCCCUCUUCCUCUCCCUUACUCCGCUUUCCACCCUCUGUUCGCCAUUCCCCUCUUUAUACCUAUCGCUCCUUUUCGCCCAUUCAAAUCGAAUCGAACCAACUCGUCACCGGAUAAUCGAAUCGCGCAACGAACACAAGAGGGAGGAGGCAGAUAUCGAACGUGCGUUGAUUAAAUUGUGAUGCCACCAUAUCUCGCGGCACUGCUGAGUCAAGGGGCUCGGCGAGCGACAAAGUUUGUGAUUUUAUAAAUACUUAAGGACAUUUACGACUGGCGUUGAGAAAGAGAGCAAGGCGAUGCGAAAGAUCUUGCGAUCGACAGAGAGAGAAUAUUUGUGUGCUUGAACGAGCGUGUGUCUACACGUGUCUACGUGUGUGUAUGUGUGCAUGUGUGUGCGCGCGCGUGUGUUUCUGUGUACGAAUGGGAGAAUGCGCGUGGUAGAGAAUAAAUGAACGACGUAAAAACGAGUGCAAGCGGAGAAAAGAGCAGCAAAGGCAGCGAGGAUAGCGAGUAAAAUUUUCCAAGGUGUAGGACGGCAAGGCUUACCUGUCACACAGCUGUCGUAAGGUCAGAUCAGCAUGUAUACCUCUAGAACAUAAGAGCGUAGUUGAUUAGCGCAUAGGCUAGGCUAGGGUCCGCCCUUGUAUAGGAAUCUCUUUGUUGAUACUUAGAGCUGCGAAACCGGUGAGAUCGCGUUCAGGAUUCGGACCUCGUCCAAAAAAGUCAACGAGCGUUCGGCAAAGCGAACCGGCUGACGAGUACGACGACGACGAUGACGAUGACGACGAUUGCAGAGUGAGAGAAAAGCGGCAUAAAAGGAGCAUCGAGAGCAACGAGAACACGGUGCAAUAGCGAGGCUCGCAGUUAUACUCGAAACACACGUGCGCGGCGAGUCGAGCGCGCGCGACGCGGCCUCCUCGAACGUUAUCGUUUUCCUUCGCUCGUAGCGUACGAGUAGACCAUUGUAAAUUUUCUUUGUUCAAAUAAUAUUUAUUGCGCCGUGCGAGUCGACGCGACGUUUUAAGUGUAAAAUACUGUCAUUACUAUCGCUCGGAUUAUCGCGAAUACCGUGUAUAUUGAUUACGAUUACGAUUAUUCUCUAUACAAUUAACGAAUGGGGAAACGCAGCGAAAAAGGAAAAAAAAAAGAAACACUUCGAACGGCUACCAACACGCCGGGACUCCAUCGUCUCUCGGCUGAGCGGAAAAACGGCGCGCGACCAACGCGUUCUCUGGCGAAUCGUCUUCUGCCUGCGUGCGUGCGUGCGUGUGUGCGUGCGUGUGUGCGUGCGUGCGUGCGUGCGUGCUUGCUUGCUUGCUUGCUUGCGUGCGUUCGAGAACCGGAAAAGGAGGAACGAAAGGGAAACGAGAGUAAAAGUGGCUGACGCCGCGAAGCGGGCAAAAGCGACACCGCGAGAGAGGAAUUGAAAUCCGGACGAGUAUGAUCGCGCGAGCGAGAAUAUGAAUAACGUGUAAAACGCGAGAACGCAAAGAGGAAGGAAGAAGUGGGCGGGAAAGAGCGAGCCGAAGGGACGAUGAUUGCGCGCGUUCGAGGACGAGUUAAAAGCGCAAUUUUGGAGCGGAACACACUUGUAUACGUAUUUCUUGUAAACUCUAAUUCUUCCAUCGCGGACUUUAAAAGUAUUUAUCGAUAUAACGAUAAUAUUAAUAUUAUUAUUGUAAUUAUAUACGACUGCUGAGAGAAUGUGGCGGGUAUAGGAGAAAAAAAGAAGAACGUGGUCUACGUGGAUGCGAUACGCGGCAUCAUACGCGCGGAAAAAAACGAACGCGGCGCGUACGCACUCGCGGAUACGAGAAACGAAACGAGAAAUAGCCAACCGUGCGAAAAAUACGCUCGAAAAGUACCUACCUACUUACAAAUGCGCAACCACAAAGAUAUGCAUCAUGUAUACGCGACUCUUGAAACCAUUUUACCAGAUUUGUCAUUAUUUAAUUAUUUCGGUUGUAUUUUAAAAUGCAAUUAAAGCUCAAAUAAAUAUAUAUGUUAUAAAGUAAA